CGCCACUCUCCCGAAGCUUCCGCCCCUUUCGCCUUUUAUGGAGACUAUUUUGUUGAGUGGGCGCCGCGGCGUAGCACCGGCCGUAAAACCGUGAGGUCGGAGCGCCUCUCUCACUCCUUACUUCCGCUUCCUUCGAGUAAGGGGUCUACGGCCUCUCCUAUUUUUCUCAGCUGGCGAAGGCGGCGUAGGCUUGAGAUGUUUGGCCUCAAAAGAAACGCGGUAAUCGGACUCAACCUCUACUGCGGAGGGACCAAGUUGGGGGGCGGCAGCGGGGCCGACGGCGGCGCCGCCUCCCCUUCAGAAGAACAGCUUCUGCCUGCGGGAAAGGAGGCCACGGCCCGGCGAGAGGCGGAGGGAGGGGAAGCGGCCACGGUGAUUGGCGGAAGCCCCAGCGGGAGACCCCCGGCCACUCUCGCGCUGGAUGCCAGGAGGGUCGCGCGGCCCUCGCCCAUUGGCGCCGAGGGCCUCGACGUCACCGAGACCCCCACGAGGUGGCUUUUCGCGCCAGCCCGCCACACGUCCCCGCUUGAAGAGAUGGAAGUCCCGGCAGCCGACGCCAUCAUGUCUCCCGAAGAGGAGCUGGACGGUUACGAGCCGGAGCCUCUCGGGAAGCGGCCGGCUGUCCUGCCCUUGCUGGAGCUGGUCGAGGAGGCCAGUAAUGGCCUCGGUGCGAGUGGCUCUCUGCCCUCGACGCCGCCCCCAGCAGAGGAGGAGGAGGAGGACGAGUUGUUCCGGCAGUCGCUGGAGAUUAUCUCUCGGUACCUUAGGGAGCAGGCGACCGGCGCCAAGGACGCGAAGCCAAUGGCCGGGUCAGCGGCCUCCAGCCGGAAGGCGUUAGAGACCCUUCGGCGGGUCGGGGACGGUGUGCAGCGUAACCACGAGACAGCCUUCCAAGGUAUGCUGCGGAAACUGGACAUCAAAAACGAAGACGACAUCAAAUCUUUGUCUAGGGUAAUGGUUCAUGUUUUUAGUGACGGAGUAACAAACUGGGGCAGGAUUGUGACUCUCAUAUCUUUUGGUGCCUUUGUGGCCAAACACUUGAAGAGUAUAAAGCAAGAAGGCUGCAUUGAACCAUUAGCAGAAAGCAUCACAGAUGUUCUCGUAAGGACAAAACGAGACUGGCUGGUCAAACAAAGAGGCUGGGAUGGGUUUGUGGAGUUCUUCCACGUAGAGGACCUAGAAGGCGGCAUCAGAAAUGUGCUGCUGGCUUUUGCAGGUGUUGCUGGAGUAGGAGCUGGUUUGGCAUAUUUAAUAAGAUAGCCUUUUAAGUGAAAUAAUUGACUCUUAACCAACUCCAGGCACCAAAGCCACGUCCAUCUGCUGUGAAAAUCAGUGUACUUAUGAAGUUGGACUUCAAGCUGUCCAGGCUAUAACCUACGAGCAACACGGAAAAGCAAGUGGCAAGAGGAUUAUGGCAAGUCGCUGAAAGAAGCAGAGCUGUUUUAGCCAACAGGCAAACUUUGGGAGGCCAUGGAGGAGGACUUUUAGAUUUAGUGAAAAUGGUAGGGUGGAGAGACUUGAUACCCUUGUCUUAGAACAGAAGAGGGGCCAGUAGCCAGGCUAGUCAUCUACAGUUCAUUAAAUAUGCCCACUGAAUUCAUUAGCUUUCUAUAGUGUUAAAAGAGAAGCACUAACAAUGCCAGUGAACUGUGUAAAGUGGAUUUAAGCUACAAUAGAACUAUGACUAGAAGCCUCAGUACUGUACAACAGUGUGAAGGGAAGCUUUUUCCUCUGUAUAAUUAGCUUUCCCAGGUAUGCUUCUUGAAUAGAAAGUCCAAGUGCUCAGGACUUUAUACCUGUUCUACUUUGGCUUGGUUUAGUUUAUUAGCCUUGUAAUGGCCAAGAAUACUUGACUUAAGGCUCAAUAAUUGUAGUUAGACAUAUGGAAUGUCCUCACUUUUUAAGAUAAAAACAACCUGUAAAUGUAUUUGUCUGUAAAAAUUGUAUAUAUUUUUACAGAAAAUCUAUUUCUUUGAAAUGUAAAAGAAGGCUUGGAUCUCAGUUUUUUCAUACCCUUUUGAAAUUUAAAACUUCUGUAGUUAGUAACCUAUUUCUUACAGCUUUUCUAUUCUAAACCUUGUCCUGGUCAAUUCUAGAUGGUAUACAGAACCAUUUGAUGUAAUUGUAUGCAACCUGGUUGUGGUGGAACAAUUCUGAUUCAUAACUGUAAUUUUCCUAUCUGAAUUUGGUAAGUAUUCCUUACAGGGCUUUUUUUUUUUUUUUUUUUAAACCUGGGCUGAGAACUUGAGUAAUGGAAAUUAAUCGUUUCACUUUGUUACAGGUGAAUUUUCAAUAAUUGAGUCAAGGUGUCUUUUUUUUUUUAAGGUUUUGGGGGGGGGGAGCAGGCCGAUGAUUUACAAAUAAUGAGCUCUGAUUGGGCAACAACUUGUUUUGAGUUCCUUCUGUUUGACCUAACUUGUGAAAUUUGUGUUCAUGAGCUCAUCUGCAAAGCUUUUAAAAAGAUUUUCAGCUGUUCCAAAUGGGACUUACUAGCAGUAUGUGUAUAAAAAGAUCACAUCAGGUGGAUGAGAGAGCCAUUUGAUCCCUUGUUUGCUUAAUAAGUUGUAAAAUGAUGACUUUGAAAAGCAGGCAAUAGUCUAACCAUGGUGCUAUUUCAGGCUGGCUUGUUAAACACAGGUCUAAGCCUAGUAUGUCAAUAAAGCAAAUACUUAAUUGUUUCUUUUCUAUUAGUGAUUCCCAAACUUUGUUAAAUUUUGCAUUGGCAUCUCUUCAGAUUUCAGACUUGUUCUAUUGACCUUACCAUUUGUUUCCUAUUUUUCCUUCGAAAUAUUUGCUGCUUGUUCUGCUCCUUCUACAGAUAAUUUAGAUCAAUUCCUACAUCUUUACCCUGCCAUCCCUGAACUCUAGCCUAUUUAGUUUUGGGCACUAGGAACCUAAGUAACCACCCUUAUAGGAGUCCAUAAACCUGUAUCCUUCAUGAGUUUUGUCCUUGAUAGUACAAUGGGUUCUGUGACAGUAACAGUCAUAGUUAUGAGGUGGAUGGGAGGAGUCCCUUUUCCUUGGACUGGUACCGUUUUGGUUUUUGCUUUUCUUACCUUUGCGGGGAAAGUUUCAAAAGUUCCCUUAAAAUUUUCUAGAGGGGAGUAUAUCUUACAUGGCUUCCUCUAGGUUCCUUUGAAUUUAAAUAUGCUCACUUAAAAUUAUAGAGCUGGGUACAGUGUGCUAUAAAGGCUACUAGUUAAGCUGAAGAAAGCUGUGUUGGAACUAGGGUCAAUUAAAGCUUCAGCCUCAGAACAUGAUCUUUAGUAUCUGGACUCUAGAUAAGAAAUAGGCAUGAAUAAAAUGACUAAGAAUGUAAUAUGGAAGAAUGCCCUGCCUCUCCCCAUCUCCGAGCCAUAAGGUCAUCUAGCUAUAGAACUAUUUUUACCUAUGUAUUUAUCAUUCUUGAUCAUAAACCACUUAUUUAUAUCAAGUCUGUCUCUAAGGACCUAAAAGCACUUUAUGUAGUUUUUAAUUAAACUUAAGAUCUGGUUAAGGUGACUAAAAGGCCUGUCUCCCCAUAUCCAGUUGUGAAAAUGAGUGCAUAGAUGCAAAGGGCCUUGCUUCCCAAUUUACUAGGUGUGACUGCUGAAAUGGUGAGGAUCUUAGUUAAUAUUUUGGGUCAGGCUGUGAGGGCUUAGGGAGCCCAAGUGCUUUGGGGAAAAGGGUGAGUGGUUUUAUAGGGAGAGGAGGCACUUGUUCUAAGUGCUGACUAGCUACAUCAGGCAGAUUCCUCCCAAAUGGAAAAGGAGGGAAUGCUUGGAAAGAUGGCUGUCUCAGCAACUUCUGUCUUAGGCUUCUCUCAGGGAAAAACCUUCAGCCCUCUAGUGUUGUCCAUGUAACAUUUUAUCUGGGGUGGGCACCUUGGUUCUAGUUAACACAGCUAACAUUUUUGACAGCUGUGCCAUUGGGGUUAGGACCAACUACAAAUUAAUGUGGGCCGUAAAUGUAGUGUGUUUCCCUAACUUCCUGUUUUUCCUGAGAAGAAAAUAAUAAAUCUUUAUUCAAAUA